GGGUGGCGGGUGGGGCGGCUGGGAGGUUGCGGCGGCCCAGCUCAGGCUCCCGGGGGACCGCUCCCGUGUCACUGCCUCCGGCCACUGGACGGAGUCUUUAUUUUAGACGCCGCGACCCCGGCACCUGCUGCCGCGGCACGGAUCCUCGCCCGUCGUUGGGCAGGCUUCGGCCCCGGCGGUUUGGAGCGUCUGUCUUGGCGACGGGGGUGGGGCGGGGGGAGCGGUGUCCAGGGACCGUGCCCUUUCCCGUGAGGCGGCUGCGGACGCGUCGCCUGCGGGACCGGAGCCGAGGAGCCCCUGCUUUGUCCUCGGGAGGCCCUCUUGCCGCGAAGCGGCAUCUUCCUUCGGUAACGUCCAGAAUGAGUAGCGUAGGCUGCUCUUUAUCCUGCAGAUCAAAGUAAAACUUGUCUUUUUAGAAACGUGUCCUGAAAAUUGGCGCAUCUCCUGUGCUUCUCUCAGGUGUAUUAGGAAACCGGGCCGGUCCCUGGCAAGAUUGUCCUGUUGGCUACAGAAUGUCCAGGCAGCUAGAGGGCAUAAAAGCUGCUUUCCAAAUUUAGACGGCAAUUUUAGAUGUGAUGCAGGAUGUCAACUAUUCUCAAGUGUGCUAAAGUCCAAUUUUGCUGACCGAGCAUCUGCGCAAAUGACCAGGCAGUCUCUUCAGAGUCGUCUUUUUGAAGUGUAAAAAGUGGAUAGUGGCUCUCGUGUCAAGGGAUGGCACGGUCACGCUCUCGAUCCCCUAGGUGGAAACACAGGUCUUUAUCACCAGUACCUAGAAGUUCUGAACACUACAAGCAAAGACAUGAGCAUUAUGGCUAUGAAUAUAGGAAGGAUCCAAAAAGACCCAUUGCUUGGAGAAUGGACAAUGAGAAACAUGGACAGAGUAAACCAAGAAUUCCUUCUCGUGAAAAUACACAUUACCGAUCUUAUGAACAUAGAUCACCUUCCCCAAACCUGAGAAGAAACUCUUUAGAAAAUUUUUAUACUUAUAAGCCUCCCCAAGUAUAUUUACCAGGAAGAGGGGAUAGUAACAGAAGAUCUCAGUAUAUGCCCAAAUACUCAGAAGGUGUACUCUACAAAGAGCACCAGAGAAAUUGUUAUCCCCAGAAAGUGCAAGGAAGGUAUAUUCCUGAUGAUCACAGAGUUAGAGGCAGUGGAAAAGGAGGGAAACCACCUCUGAGGUCAAUAGCAGAUUCUUUUAGAUUCGAAGGACAGUGGCAUGAAGAUGAAUUGAGGCACCAGAGGAUACAAGACGAAAAAUAUUCUCAGUCACUUAGAAGAGGCUCUGAAGAUUUUGAGAAAAGGAGCUCUUUUCAGAAGAGGUAUCCUGAGGAUCGUGAUUUCAGAAAGUAUGGACACACAUCAAAAAGACCCGAAGAUGUGGAGAGGUUUGAAAACAGAGAGGCUGCCAGGAGCCCACAGUGGAAGCCCAGGCAUUUUCUUCCUCCUUACCAAGAGAAGAAAGAUCAGCGAAACCUCGGACUCCAGACUCAUCGACACGCUCCAAGGGAACUCCCAGAGAGCAGUUCAGCAGCCAAGGUAUCCUGUGACUAUCGCCACAAACAUCGUAAGAGCUCAGAUGGGGACCAGGACUUUAAUGAUGGCAGAACUCAGAAGUACUCUAAAGAGGAAGAUAGAAAAUUCGGUUCUCAAAAAGGCCCUGUUGCUAGAGAGUCCAGUUGUUCUAAUGCCGGAAGAGGGAGAGUGACCGAAGAUGGGCAAGUCAAAGAACCUUUGAAGCCAUCUAAGAAAGACUGUGCCUCCUCCACCCAUUCAAAUAAAAGCGAUGUUGAUUUGAGACCCUGUAAUGACAAACGCAAGGACAAAGUAAAAAAAGAAGGGGCUGGCAGAAAAGAGAGCAACUCUUCCCAUAACCAACUUGAUAAGGGUAAAAAACUUUCCGACAUGAAGGCUUCCUCUGCCAUUCUUAGGAAGAAAUCACUUACAGUUAAAGUAGAUGUGAAGAAAGCAGUGAACACUUCCAGGGUUGCUUCUAGCUAUUCCACAGAGAGACAGAUGUCACAUGAUUUGGUUGCUGUUGGCAGGAAAAGUGAAAACUUUCAUCCAGUGUUUGAACAUCUUGACUCAACUCAGAAUACUGAAAACAAACCUACAGGAGAAUUUGCUCAGGAAAUCAUAACUAUAAUCCAUCAAGUUAAAGCCCUCUCACUCAAAGGAAGUGUGGUUCUUGGCAGAAAGGGAGCUGGUAUUGCAGAAAAAUCCAGGAGAUUGUCCCAGAACAGGAACACAAAUUAUUUUCCAUCACCCAAAAUUACUCUACAUGAGCGUUUCUCACAAAUGCAAGAUACACAAGCUGCAGAUGUAAAUGAAAUUAAAUUGAACUCAGAUCCAGAAAUUCACAGGAGAAUAGAUAUGUCUUUGGCUGAGCUUCAGAGUAAACAAACUAUGGUAUAUGAUUCAGAACAGACUCUGGUCAAAAUAAUAGAUCCAAAUGACCUACGACAUGACAUUGAAAGAAGGAGAAAAGAACGGUUACAGAAUGAAGAUGAGCACAUUUUUCACAUAGCUAGUGCUGCAGAGAGGAGUGAUCAGCAUUCCAAUUUUUCAAGGUUGAAGAAUACUCAUAUUGAUGGGUUCCAAAAACCUACAUGUUUUGUAAAAUCAAAUUUUAGAAAAUUUAUUCAGAAACCUUACUUGAAUUAUCAUACUAUACAGAGAAAAGAUGUCGUUACUCACAAACCAUUUGGAGUUGAGGGAAACCAUCAAAACACAAGAGGCUUUAGAAGACCUUUUAAGACCAACUUUAGAGGUGGCAGAUUUCAGCCUCAAUAUAAAUCAGGCCUAGUACAGAAGAGCUUGUACAUUCAGGCUAAAUAUCAGCGUUUACGGUUCGCUGGUCCAAGGGGAUUUAUCACUAAUAAAUUCAGAGAAAGAUUACUGAGGAAAAAAAAAGGAAUAUACAAACAUUGCCCCAGCAAUCUAAUCUGGAAUUGUUACAAAUGGAAACGACACUAAAGGACGAUAUUUGGGAGCAUCUCUUUUUGUCAAGAGUUAGAAUUGGCACUAAAGUACUAAUACUGUAACUUUCUUGAUAAAAUAACUUUAUUUUUCCGUAGUGGAAUGCUGCAACUUUUUUACACUUAACAGUUGCUUUUAAAUUACAGUAUUCGAUGUAAAAGUUGUAUUAACUACAGCUUCUUUUGCAAAAAAGUCUCAAAAGGGCAUUAUUUGUUGAUGCAUUUUUCUCUGAGCAUGGUUUCAUAGAGAACUGAGUUAUAUCCAGACGUUUCUAUGUUGAAAGUUUUGCUUAUGUAAUAAAAACAAAAACAAAAGUACCUGAAUUGUAUAGUGUCUGUACAUCAAAGAACUUUUAAACAGUGGCCUUACAGUAGCAGUUUUUCUACAAGAUUUUUCUUUUUCUGAUGACAUUUUGGCUUACAACUUCAAGUUUUCUUAAGCUUCUGAAGAUCAAGGUCUAUAUAAUUCAUACAUUUCAUAUUAUGACAUAAGAAGGCAAGAGAAAAGGUGCUUCAAAUUUUCCAUCAGGUAGUUAUGCGUGCACUGAAUUUUUAGUAAUUGGUUCAUUCAGUUUUUUUUCACAGUAAUUUGCUCCUUUCCAAUUUCAAAAUGCUAUUGUGGAAAAUACAUAAAGAUUUUAUAAUCUAUAUUCCAUCUUUUUUUCCCUCAGGGCAAGCUUGUGCAUAUCAUAUUUUUAAAGGCUUUUAAAAAAAUUGACAGACAAAAUCUCAUCUUUGGAAAUUGUACUUUGCUACUACAGCACUACACAUUUUGCAAGCACAUAUUAUUAAGUGUUUAUUUUUAGUUCAGUUGUAUUGAGUACCUACUAUGUAUAAGAACAUUGAUGGGAUUUUAAGUGAUAUUUUAGGUCUCAGUACCUAUUUCUUUAUGUUUUCUGUGUUCUGCUUAAUAGUAUGCAUACAUUUCCAAUUAAAUUUUUGUGAUAUGUUUAAUUGUAAUGAAAUAAAAUAUUGUUGCUCCUUCUGCUUGAAGCAGUUA